GUUUUUGCAGGCCAUGAAGGCCAACUAUCAGUUCUCGAACUUAUGUGGAACGGUUUAUAGACAAGGAAAUGUCCUCUUCACCCCAGAUGGCAAUAGCCUGCUGAGUCCCGUUGGGAACCGUGUCUCGGUCUUUGACUUGGUGAACAACAAGUCUCGCACUCUAUCAUUCCAAAACAGAAGGAACAUUUCGCGGAUUGGCCUUUCCCCCGACGCCAGCAUCCUCGUCUCAGUGGACGAACGUGGUCGUGCUCUCCUCGUCAACUUCAAGCGUGGCGUGGUGCUGCAUCAUUUCAAUUUUCAAAAACCCGUGAACGACGUUAGCUUCUCUCCAGAUGGAAAAUAUAUUGCGGUGACGCACGAUUCACAUCUUCAGGUUUGGCGGACUCCCAAUCACCUUGUGCGGGAGUUUGCUCCGUUCAUUUUGCAUCGAACGUACACGGGUCAUCAUGAUGAGAUUUUGAGUAUUCGGUGGUCACCAGACUCGAAGUGCUUCUUGACGACGUCGCGAGAUAUGACUGCGAGGUUAUUUACUCUGGAUCCACUUGAAGGUUUCCGCCCCAAAACAUUCGCCGGUCAUCGUGACGCGGUGGUUGGGGCAUAUUUUUCAGCAAGCGGCGAAUGCAUAUACACUAUCAGCCGUGACGGGGCUGUGUUCACGUGGAAAGCUAAGGCUUCCGACGACGACACUGACUUGUCGGAUGACUCGAUGCCGGUUCUCUCGAGGUCUGCCGGCGAUUUGGAGGCAAUUGCCACGACGCGGUGGGGUGUUCACGAGCGACAUUUCUUCAACUUUCCAAACACAAAAGUGGUCUGUGCAUCCUUCCACCCGUCAUCUAGCCUCCUCGUCGUCGGCUUCUCGAAUGGCGUGUUUGGACUCUGGGAACUCCCUGCGUUCACGAACGUGCACACGCUGAGCAUAUCCCAGCAGAAGAUUACCUCUGUAACAAUAUCUCCAUCAGGGGAGUGGUUGGCGUUCGGCGCCCGCACGCUCGGCCAGCUCCUUGUGUGGGAAUGGCAGUCUGAGUCAUAUAUCCUGAAGCAGCAGGGUCAUUUCUUUGAUAUGAACACGCUGUCAUAUGCGCCCGAUGGACAGACGAUCGCCACAGGAGGGGAUGACGGCAAGGUGAAGGUGUGGGCAACACACUCCGGAUUUUGCUUCGUUACUUUUGCAGACCAUGCUGCACCGGUGAUGGAUGUAGCAUUUGCGAAGCAGGGAUCUGUCCUUUUCUCAGCGUCUCUCGAUGGAACCGUUCGCGCUUUCGACAUGGUAAGGUAUCGGAACUUUAGGACUUUUACGUCGCCUUCGCCCGUCCAAUUCUCAGCUCUAGCUGUCGACCCAUCGGCUGAGGUCGUCGCCGCAGGAUCUACCGACUCAUUUGAAGUCUUCCUCUGGUCCGUGCAGACUGGCAAGUUGCUAGACAUUCUCACCGGCCAUGAAGCACCUAUCUCAUGCCUCGCAUUCUGUCCCUCGGGAACGAAUCAACUGGCAAGCGGUUCGUGGGACCGGACUGUACGUGUGUGGAAUGUGUUCGGGAGAUCUCGCGCAGUUGAGACAUUUUCGGUAUCGUCCGACGUGCUUGCCCUUGCUUUCCGACCGGAUGGUGCAGAACUUGCAACCAAUCUCAUCGAAGGGCGGAAAGAUAUUUCAGGAGGCCGAAAAGCAGACGACAAAGUCGCGGCUGCAAACAGUUCGUCUGGGAAGGCCUUCACGAGUCUGGCGUAUACGGCCGAUGGCACGUGCAUUCUUGCUGGGGGAAACAGCAAAUAUGUCGUCCUGUAUGACGUCCGCGAGGGUGAAGGGGUGCUUGUGAAGAAAUUCCAGAUCUCAGAGAACUUGUCCCUCGAUGGGACGGAGGAAUUCCUGGAUAAUCGGAGGGUAAACAGCGCGGGCAUAAACGUGGAUCUGAUCGACGACCGAGGGGAUGCUAGUGAUCUGGAGGAUAGGAUCGAUACGACACUGCCCGGUGCUGUUUGUGGUGCUGGGGACAUGUCGGUGCGCAAAUAUCGUCAGGAAGUGCGGACAAAGUGUGUCAGGUUCUCGCCAACAGGGCGGGCAUGGGCAGCGGCAAGCACAGAGGGACUACUGAUAUAUUCACUCGACGACACCAUUGCAUUCGAUCCCUUCGAUCUUACCAUUGAUCUCACUCCCCAGAGUGUAUUGGAAGUACUCAGUCAAGGGGAGUACCUCAAGGCUCUUGUACUUGCCUUCCGGUUAAACGAAAAGCCUAUUAUUCGACAUGCUUACGAGAGCAUUCCCUGCACCGACAUCCGUCUCAUUGCACGCCAAGUUCCGGUAGUGUAUAUCGCUGCUCUUUUUCGGUUCAUUGCGGAGCACAUGGAGAAGAGUCCUCAUUUAGAGUUUGACUUGAUUUGGGUCCGGGCGAUCCUGAUGAGCCAUGGGAGGUAUCUAAAGGAUCUGAGCGGGGAAUUUGCCCCUGUUCUAAGGGCAGUACAAAAAGCUCUUGUGGAUGUCGAGCAAUCGAUAUCGAGUUUGUGGGUUUUGACUUCUUGUUCAUUUGAGGUUGGGCAAUAACAGCAGUACCAGGUGCGAAGAGAAUACCUUUAUGAUGCGCUUCCUGAUCGACCAGUCGAAGAUGAAGAACGGGGAAGGGAAGAGCUCGGAAGAUGUAGAAAUGGACUCGACAACCUAGCCAAUUCUGUCUGCGUAGAUACGGUACGAGGAGUAAAGAUCACAUUUCUUCUUCGAGACUGAUUUUUAUCUCAUGCUCAGUAAUGUUGCUACACAAAUUUUGCAAUCGAAAAGUAGCUAGUGUACCAAGUAAAUUCGAUCUUGUGGAGAUCUUUUAAAACCUGACAGUGAAAUUGGUAUGUCUCUCCGACAUCGGAUGCAAGUUUCCAUCGAAAGACCCUACUGGCACUUCAACGGCGCUUGUUAUUGGUCUGGGCUGUGCAGGCACGUUCUCAAUCACCGAAGCAUUACGGUAUACAGCGGACUUACUCUGGCUAUGCUUGCGUUCUACAUCAUCGUAAACCCAGUAAUACGCUCCAGCAGAAAC